AUGCGGGUUUCGCUUUGUCAAAUGGCCGUUGGAAGGUCAAAAGAAGCCAAUAUAUCAAAAGCCGUUAAUAUGAUAAUAGAUGCGGCUAAAAGGGGUUCGAAACUUGCGGUUUUACCAGAAUGUUUUAACUGUCCAUAUGGAACAAAAUAUUUCAAAGAGUAUUCAGAAGAACUUUCUGUUGGAAACCCUACUUUUGAUGCAAUUUCUAAAGUUGCAAAAGAGAAUAAAAUAUGGGUUAUAGCAGGUAGUAUACCUGAGAAAUCUGAUGGAAAAUUGUUUAAUUCAUCAAUGAUUUUUGAUUCUGAAGGAAAUUUACAACAUGUUCAUCGAAAGAUUCAUCUUUUUCGUAUUAAUACUGAUACUGUAAAAAUGGAUGAAGGUGAAGUUCUUUCUGCAGGAAAUGAAGCAACUCCUGUUUCUAUGGGUAAUGGAAUCAAAUUUGGUGUUGCAAUCUGUUUUGAUAUACGAUACCCACUUCUUGCUUGGAAAUAUGCAAGCGAAGGAACUUCUUUUUUGGUUUAUCCAGGUGCGUUUAAUAUGGUUACAGGACCAUUACAUUGGGAACUUACUGCUAGGGCGCGUGCUGUUGAUAAUCAACAAUUUGUUCUCAUGUGUUCACCUGCUCGUGAUACAGAGGCAGAGUAUAUUGCAUGGGGACACUCUAUGAUUGUUGAUCCUCUUGGAAAUGUACUGGCUACUGCUGAUGAAAAGGAGACAUAUGUUGAUGCAGAACUGGAUUUAAGUAUGAUUGAAAAAACGAGAAAACAGAUUCCAAUUAUGAGUGGGGUUCGUCAUGAUGCCUAUUCUCUUAAAUGGAAUUGA